UUCAUCAGCCAUGGCGUCCAUGGUCACCAGGCUCUUGCACCACUUAACAAUGUUCCUCCUCCUCGCACAGCUCACCGAGUCAGCUCUCAUCCCAAAGAUCAAGAACCACCCUGAGCCUGAGAUCAAGCCUCAGCCGUCGAACACCUACAUCGUCCAUGCCAACCACCUCGCCAAGCCGGCACACUUCGCCACCCUCGAGCACUGGUACCAUUCCAUGGUGGCCACCCACUCCCCUCGGCCCGCCAACACCGGCGGCCGCAUCUUGUACACCUACGACACCGUCAUGCACGGCUUCGCCGUCCAGCUCACUGGAGACGAGGCCCAGCGCAUGUCGACCGCCCCCGGCGUCGCCGGCGUGUACGAGGACAGGUUGCUCUACCCUCAGACAACGAGGUCGCCGGGGUUCAUCGGCCUCGACCCGAGGAACGGCGCCUGGAACGAGACGGACUUCGGCGACGGCGUCAUCAUUGGCGUCAUCGACACCGGCAUAUGGCCGGAGAGCGCGAGCUUCAACGGCAGCGGGCUCGGCCCCGUGCGGCCGAGCUGGAGAGGCAAGUGCGUCGACGCCGACGACUUCAACGCCAGCUUGUGCAACAACAAGCUGGUAGGCGCCAAGGCCUUCAGAGCGGCCGCGGACGCAAAGGCGGGAAGCAAGAGCAGCGGUACUGUCCCCUCCCCGAGGGACAAGGUCGGACACGGAACGCACGUGGCCUCGACGGCCGCCGGCGCGGAGGUCCGCGACGCUGGCCUGUACAUGUUCUCGCGGGGGACCUCAUGGGGCAUGGCGCCCAAGGCGAGGAUUGCCAUGUACAAGGCGUGUGACCUCGGCUGCUCUGGGGCGGACAUCGUCGCAGCGAUCGAUGCCGCGGUAAAGGAUGGCGUGGACAUCAUUUCCAUGUCCCUCGGAGGCUAUCCGCGCUCCUUCCACAGCGACGUCAUCGCGAUCGCCACGUUUGGUGCGGAACGCAAAGGCAUCUUCGUCGUCCUCGCGGGCGGCAACGAUGGCCCGGGAGCAUCUACGGUGAGCAACUCGGCUCCGUGGAUGGCCACCGUAGGCGCCGCCACUGUGGACCGGCUGUUCCCGGCGAAUCUCACGCUCGGGAACGGUGUCGUGCUCGCCGGACAAUCCCUUUAUGACAUGCAGGCCAAGGGAACCGGCAUGAUCCAGCUACUAGUGUCCACAGAUUGCUUCAUGGAGUAUACGAACUGGACGCCCGACAAGGUCAUGGGAAAGAUCAUGGUGUGCAUGGACGGAGGAAACGACGCGUUGGGCAUUAUCUUGCAGAACGCUGGUGGAGUAGGGAUAGUUGUUGUGGAGCCUUCUGAGUGGUCUCGAGAUGGUACCACGGCCUUCGCCUUCACCCUUCCGGGUCUCACGCUCAGCUACACCGCCGGCGAGAAGCUCAGGGCCUACACGACCUCGGUACCCAAACCGGUGGCGUCAUUCAGCUUCGGCUGUGAGACGGUCACUGCCGAGAACCGGGCGCCGGUGGUGACGGGCUUCUCGUCGCGGGGCCCCAACCCGGUCGUCCCUGAGCUCCUCAAGCCCGACGUCGUCGCGCCGGGAGCGAACAUUCUUGCGGCCUGGUCGGGCGGCUCCUCUCUGUCUCCCGGAAUUCCCAACCUCGACGGGAGGAGAGCCAGCUACCACAUCAUCUCGGGGACAUCCAUGGCGUGCCCGCACGUCGCCGGCAUCGCGGCGCUGAUCAAGAAAAAGUACCCCAGCUGGACGCCGGCCAUGAUACGGUCGGCGCUGAUGACGACCGCCUCUACGCUCGACAACAGAGACCGGGACAUCCUCGACAACGGGGUCAUCGACGACCGCCGCGACGACGUCAUGGUCGCGACGCCGCUGGUGGCCGGGGCCGGGCACGUCCGCCCGCAGCUCGCGCUGGACCCGGGCCUGGUCUACGACGCCGGCGAGCGUGACUACGUCGACUUCCUGUGUGCCCUGAACUACACCGCGGAGCAGCUCCGCCUGUUCGUGCCCGACUUCGUCAAAUGCACGAGGACGCUCAUCGGCGGCCCCUCCGGCCUCAACUACCCGUCGUUCGUGGUGAUCUUCGACAGCCGCACCGACGUCCGCACACUGACGCGGACGGUGAAAAAGGUGUCGGAGAUGGACGAGACGUACAAUGUCACCGUCAGGGCGCCGGAGCACGUGAAGGUGACCGUCACGCCGACGAUCCUGGAGUUCAAGGAGCACAUGGAGACGAGGAGCUACACUGUGGAGUUCAGAAACGAAGCCGGAGGACACGCAAAGGCAGGGUGGGACUUUGGGCACAUCAUAUGGGAGAACAAGAACCAUCGAGUCAGGAGCCCGGUGGCUUUCCAUUGGAAGAACUGA